AUGGCUCUCCAUCGUGGCAUCCAAUCCGCCAUAUUCUACUACCUAUCAUGUGCCCCUUGUACUGGCUACUCAUAUCGCAAGAAGAGAAGAAAGGAAGCCGACCGUGAUCGCGUCGCCAAACAUGCUCUCGAGAUGGAACAGCCUGGCCUCUAUCGCCAUCCCAGCCCCUUUGCGACGAAUGUCCACUGGCAGACCGAGAUUGAUCUUGGUCCCACACCGGCGCCUGCAAAGCGUCGAGGUCAAAAGAAGGGUCGUGUACGGACGAGCGACGAGAACGCUAGCAACGUCGCAAGCAGUGUCAAUCUUGGUCUGACCCAGAACGAGAGCAACGACAGCACAUGGAAUCUGCGCAAUUGGCAACGAGACGAUGAAGAGGAUGACAACUACUGGGGAUCCAACUAUCCCUACAGGAACAGCCGUCGGCCCUCGACCAAUGGUGCUAGCACUAUUAGUCGUCCACUUACUGCCCGUACCACUACCACGAAUCGAUCAGCUGCGACCAGUUAUUAUUCCGCCUCAAACCCUCCCAUCAACGAACUACAUCCCCCAAUCGUCACACGCAUGGACACCAGCGCCGAUGUUAUGUGGAUGCUGCAACCUCCGCCUCCUGCUCGCACGACCAGAGGUGGGUCAAGGACUACCCUUGCAAGGAGCGAUAGCGGCGCUAGCAGACCCAGCACAAGGCGUGCCACAAAUGAGAAUCUUUCGCGACAAGUCAGUCAACGCAUCGUCGAUGAAAAACUACGGAACGGCCUAUCACCUUCGGUAGACAGCCUGAACCCAUCAUCAUCGACAGACUCCUUGAAGACGCCACGGCGACGCAGGCCGCCGCCCAUCAACAUCCAGGAAGACCCGAUAACCUCUCGCACUCUCGUACCUGUGGGACCUACUUCAAUAGACACACGACUCAACAAUUCACCAAACAAUCAUCUCCUACCUCCGCAACCACUAUCUCCUGUCGCAUCUGCCAGGUCCUCUGAGCGUUCUCGCAGUAGAAGUCGAAGUCGCAAACGCAAUUCCUCUGCUGAGGAUCGUAAAUCGCAAUCGAACGGCCUCAAGCGUCAGGAUAGUUCCCUGAAUGUUCUGCAAGAGCUUGUGCCGGCCAAUUCAUUGCUCAAUGCUCAGAAAUUAAGUAAAGCUCCUUCCUUUGAGGCCCGCAUAGAACUGCCUACAGCCGACCAAUACGAAGAGAUGAUGUUGCUGGGCAGUGGCAAGGCAGGCUUUGAUUCUUGGUACGAAAGCAAAGAUGCUGGUACAUUCAACCAAUGGGCUGCCGAAAGAGUGCGCCGAGACGUGACUGCCCGCUGGAGCGUGGACUUCUAA